GGGGGCGUGGUGUGCUAUUUUAAUGGUUCAAAAUGUCUUCAUGGUUACCUUUUUUCAAGGAUGCUGGUAUACCUUCUCCUCUGGCAGAAAAAUAUUCGUCUCUAUUUGAAGACAACCGUAUCACUAGGGAAAUGCUUUCUGAUUUAAAUAAAGACAUACUUCAUGAUGUAGGAAUUGUCGUAGUUGGUGACAUCAUUGCUAUCCUGAAAUAUGCUAAGAAGAUUCAUCUUCAAGCUCAGGAAUCACCAAGCACAAUGAAUUAUCAAUCAAAGAAACCAAAUAAAGUUAUUCCUGCUGUCACAGUCACGUCUACUGCAUCUCCAGCACUUGAACAAGAUACAGUGGAAAUAUCUUCAGAGAUGAAAAUUUCAACUGCCAAUUUACCAGGAAAGGAUGACGAAGUAGUUGAAAAAAAAUUUGAAGUUGGAACACUUCAUUCAGACCGAAUGUUAAUUCAUGAGGAAACGGACCCAUUGAUACAUGAAGAGUAUACUACAUCAGCUUAUGAAGAUAGGAUGAAGAGAAAAGCAACUCAGCCAUCUCCUUUUAAAGUUGCUCAAAAUGAUUCAUUCAACAAGCCUACCAAUAGGAUUGUUUUCUCGUCUUUAAGAGGAGGUCUUGAAGAAAAUUCUUCUGGUAGUGGAAUUCAGAGAAGCAAGAGGUUUCUAGAAGCUGCUGGCUGUUUUCAUAAUCCAACAGCAGAUGUGAGGUCAUCAAUUUUUUCCCGGUUGGAAAUACCAGCAUCUGUUCGUGAUAGGCCUUUUGAGAAAACUAGUGUUAAGAGUAGACUAGGAAAGAGAGUGGAUGAAGAACAGUUACUUUCUUCUGGUUCUUUUAAAACUGCUCGACUUUACUCUGAUGCUAAUGUUGGUGAAAGUGCCUCAACUAUUCAUAGUCGACUUGGUGAAAGAGAAGAAUUGACUUCAAGUGGCAGCGAUAUCUGUACACCUACUAUGGUUGCUGAUACAUUUAGUAAACAUUCUGAUGUUCAUGCCCGUCUCAAGAAGGGAGGCAUGACUGUAUUGGGCACAAAAGGACCUUUAGGAAAAAGGCUAGGGGAACAUGCAGUCUUUACAAGACUUGGUUAAAAAUUUUGUAAUUAAAAACAUUGAUUAUUAAUAUGAUUGUACUCUAUGUUUUAAUUUUUGUUUUAUGUUGCCCCUCCCUGUCAUUAAUAAAUCAACAGGGGAGGGGCUGGUGAGUGGUAAUUACACAACUCAGCUAGGUUAUGUCACUAGUAAGCCUACAGCAGUAGUAAUGUUUCAUGGUAGUUCGAAUGAGCAGAGGCAGAGCUUGAGGCAAAGCGAUAGCUCAUCACUAACUCAGGAAGAUGAAAAAAAUGAAGUCUCAUAUUAUGUGAAUAGAUAUAGAGGGGAAGAAAUAAGCUAUAGCUGGUCAUGUCUUUGGGAUGAAAUCAAGUGAUAUUCCAAGUAUAUAAUCCCUACAUUACUGGGAGCACUAAUUGCUAUUGCUGUCAUUGUUAUGAUAGUCUUAUUAGUGACUGAACUAUAACUUUCUUAUUGAAAUAUGUUAUUGUCAAUGCUUUUUUCUGUUUGUUUCUGUAUGUUGUGGAUAGUACACAUCAGUCUCGAGUAUAUGUCUUCAUGUGUGAGAUGUGAUGAUCUCUUCUAAACCAUCUAACAGAUGAUGAAGAGGUUUGAUUAUAGUUUCACACUUUUGAAUUCAAAGUCACUGUUCUAUUAUUGCAUUUUUAUUCUAAAAUGAGACAUAGCAAUACUUACCUGGAUUAAAAUCAA